GCGAAUGCAGUUCGCACAGGCACGCACAAGCGCGAGCACCAAACAUGAUGCACAGGGCUCUGAUCUCCCGGGGCGCGCGGCUGGCACAGCAGGCCUCCGCCGACGGCUCGUUGCUCGCGCUUAGUGCGCCUGCAGUCACCUGUUCGCACCGUCCGGCAUGCUCCGUCGCCGUCCCACCACCCGCGUGCAUGCUGAGGCCGCUGGAGGCACCUUUCCGUUAUCUCUUCGGCCCCGGACCUUCCAACGUUCCACCGCGUGUUUUAGCUGCGGCAGGCAGACCCAUCAUUGGCCAUUUGCACCCAGAGAUGUAUGAGAUCAUGAACGACAUUAAGAAGGGGAUCCAGUACGCUUUCCAGACGCAGAACAACAUGACCCUGUCCAUGAGCGGCUCCGGGCACGCGGCCAUGGAAUGCGCGGUGUUCAACACAGUGGAACCCGGCGAGAGCGUGCUGGUCGCCAUCAAUGGCAUCUGGGGAGAGCGUGUCGCCGAGAUCGCAGAAAGAAUGGGUGCUAAAGUCCAUACUAUGGUCAAAACACCAGGGGAAUAUUUCAGCAAUAAAGAAAUCGAGCAGGCCCUGGCAAAACACAAGCCUGUGCUGUUCUUUCUAACUCACGGUGAGUCAUCUGCUGGUUUGGCCCACCCUGUAGAUGGCAUCGGAGACCUGUGCCGCAAACACAACACUCUGUUCCUGGUGGACUCUGUGGCCUCCCUGGGGGCUACUCCUCUGUAUAUGGACCAGCAGAACAUCGACAUCCUCUACACUGGCUCACAGAAAGCACUUAACGCUCCACCAGGCACGGCACCCGUCUCCUUCAAUGAGAGAGCCUGUGAGAAGAUGUUCAACAGGAAGACCAAACCUGUCUCCUACAUGUUAGACAUGACUCAUCUUUCCAACUACUGGGGCAAUGACGGAAAACCAGCCAGAAUGUAUCACCACACAGGGCCUGUAUCUGGCUUCUUUGCUUUGAGGGAGAGUCUUGCAAUUCUGGCAGAGAAGGGUUUAGAAAGGUCUUGGCAGGAGCAUCGGGAGGUGGCUGAAUACCUGUGGAAAGGACUGGAGGAUCUCGGACUCAAACUCUUCAUCAAGGACAAGGACCUGAGGUUGCCAUCGGUAACCACCAUAGCGAUCCCAGAGGGUUAUGAUUGGCGGGAGAUGCUAGCCUACAUCAUGAAGCACCACCAGAUGGAGAUGACAGGGGGCCUGGGACCAUCCAUAGGCAUGGUGAUGCGUGUGGGGCUGAUGGGAUAUAACUGCAACAAACCCAAUGCUGACAUGGCGCUCAGCGCUCUCGCCGAUGCCCUCAGAAACUGCAAGAAGAGCAAGGCAUAGAAUCACACACACACACACACACACACACACACACACACACACACACACACACACACACACACACACACACACACACACACACACACUCAUUUGAGCACACCUCACCUUAGAGCCUCCAUCAUCUCCACCAUCAGGCCUGUGUGUGAUGAUGUUGACGGACAUGAAAGGUCAUAAUAAUUGUAAAUAAUUAAUUACAUGGUGUUUUGUUGGUGCCUUGUGAUCAAGUUUUUAAUAAAAAGGAAAGUAUUUAAAAAAUAA